AUGGAACACACACGCCCACCAGCCCAAUUCCCCUCUGUGCAGCAACUGUCUCCGCGCCACCCACACCUGAACGCCCUGACAAACAGUUCCGAUAUGAUUGAGCGGUUUCUUCGGGAAGACGGCCAUCGCGCAUGGGGGCUUGUUAUCUACCGCUCUUCGUAUCAGAAUGAGGCAGCCUGGGACGAGUUUAUGCGCCGUCUACUCGCCAAUACCACAAAAUUGCUAGAAUUGGGGGCAGGUCCUAAUUUACUUGAUAACCUGGCCCUAACUGUAUUUGAUGACCCAAGCAAGUUCAACAACGCGACGACAGCGGUGGUCCGGGAUCAUUUUAAGCAGUGGGCGGCGACUAUGGAACAGGAGGAACAGGGCCCUAUUUCUGAUCCAAAUCACAUCAGAAUCACUGGAUCGCAACGAUAUAGAUACUGUAUCCAGGUUACGCAGGAGGCGUUAGGGUCAGCUCUUGCUGAUGAUCGUGAGAAAAUGGGGUUUGUGUAUAUUAUUCAGGCGGAUUGGAAAAAGUAUAGUCCGUACGAAAAUGGAGAGAGGUUCAAGGAGGAGGAAGAGGCGAUUGAAGGGUGCACCCUAGAAGAUGUAGGCUGGAUGAAGGUUCCGUUUGCAAGUCUGAUGCCUGUUAUUUGGCGUUACUUGCGGCCUGAUUGCGCUUGGGAGAUAGAGUAUCGCCGUCCGCCGGAAAUGUCUAGUUACCCGUGA